AUGGCUUCCAACGGAACGGGCUUCUUCCUCCCAGCAGAGCGCGCCCAAGGGCUCGCCAACUACCCCCACGCACGCACAGCUCCCUCAACCAGCCGCAUCAUCUUCGUCAGCGGGACAUCAUCGCGGCGGGGUGACGGGACAUACGAAGGGUGCGAGACGCUGCCAGACGGCACCCACAAGCUGGACUGCGGCGCACAGACGGCCGCGGUCCUGAGGAACAUCGAGAGCAUCAUCCAGGGCGCGACGGAGGGCAAGAGCGGCCUGGAGAGCAUCGUCGACGCCACCAUAUUCCUCACGGACAUGAAGGACUACGCCGCCAUGAACGCCGAGUGGAACAAGCGCUGGCCGGACAAGACCAAGGCCCCUGCGAGGACUUGUGUGCAGGUCGCGGCGCUGCCGAACGAGAGGUUGAAUGUGGAGAUUAAGUGUCAAGCAUUGGUCAUCGAGUAA